CAUAUUCAGUUUUGGAAAGACACUUGGUUGGGAAACAUUCCCCUUGUGAAUGUUUUUCCAAGCAUCUUUCAGAUUGCCUCCAACCCUGACUCAACCACCUCUCAGUGUAGGGAAGCCAAUGUUUGGAAUCUGAUUCUUUGGAGAAAUCUAAAUGACUGGGAGUUAGAAGAUUUUAUAGCUCUCAUGGCCACCAUUCAGAGCAGCCCAGUCGAUAGCCUAGGCAGAAAUAGACUCACUUGGGGAAGUUACAGGGAUGGCUCCUAUUCAGUGAAAGAAGGCUGGAAGGAGCGAUGUUGAAGAGAGACUGAAGUUCGUUUUCAUGUCAGGAAAUUCCACUGAUGGGUAUAAUGAGGCGUUGCAGGCAGGAUUCUUGAAUGCUGUAUUGGUAAUUAGGAUACUUCUUAAUUUCUGCAUCCUGUUUCACUCUUAUUCUGUCCUUGUAAUUGAGGGCUUGCCUUCACCUUCCUCUGCUUCACUAGUGUUUCAUCUCUAUCUUAGAAGAAGUUUUGCUGUUUGAACUGUAAAAAGUAUAAAUCUUCUUAGGUAUACUUAUGCAUAACAACUGAAACUCAUUUAGCCGAGGAAGUUCUAAAUCAUUUUCUCUUGAUUUUACACUUUAAAGGGCUUUGUUAUUUUAGUGGACUGCGUGAAACGUUUGACCCUUCUGUCAUCCAAUAUGUAUUUCCAUUUUUUGUUGUUUUCACUCCUUGCUAGUGCUUUACUGUGUUAUUUGUUAGGUUGAGAUGAAAGUUCAAGUGAUAUUCAAUAAUGCUUCACAACAUUUUGCAGUAGCAGUAACGUGAGUGCGGUUUACUUACCAUUAUCUCCGCAAUAAAGAAACUAUACUGUCUCAAAAUUUGUAGGAUAUUGCUACUCGUCUAGGACUUCGUGAGGGAUCUCUUUCACACCAUGAUACGAAGGGUGAUGUUAAUGGUAUUACAAUGAUUGCUGACAUCGUCCUCUACUCUUCCCCCCAGCAUGAACAAGAAUGUCCUAUUCUGAUACGAGCUAUGUCAUCUGGAAUACCAAUGUUGCACCAGACUACCCUGUCAUUUAGAAAUAUAUAAGUCGAUUAAGUGUCGGUGUCAACUUUUUUAAGCUGAUAAGUAGAAUGCUGCUUAUUUUGUCUUUCCCUGAAGAACUUCUGUAUCCAGGUUGUUGAUGAAGUACAUGGAAUCAUCUUCUCUCAACACAAUUCAGAUGAACUGGUGCAAGAUUUCUCACUACUUAUUUCUAAUGAAAACUCAUGAGAUUUGCUCACACUAUUGCAUCUUCCGGGAGGCUGCUCUCCAAGAACAUGCUUGCAGUGGAAUGCAUUACAGGGUAUGCAAAACUGCUGGAGAAUGUCAUAACUUUCCCAUCUGAUGUCAUACUUCCAGGAGAGACCUCUCAGCUUAAGCAGGGCUUAUGGGAGUUUUAAGAUAUUUCCAAAAGGAUGUAGAGAAUAGUAAUGACAUUGAAGAUCUUCAUAUGAAGGAUGUGGAUCCAAUAAAUUCCAGUGUUGUUUAUUGCCUUGAAGUAGACAUGACAGGUUUUGCUACUUUGAUGAAUGUAUCCAGAGAUGAUCCGGAGGCUUUAAAGGGAGACUUUCCAAGUGAGGUGGAGUGGGACGUCUUGAAUGAGAUGGAGCAAUCUGAGGAAGUAAAUAGACUGGAGACGGAUGAGAUUGAGGAAAGAAUGGAAAAAGACGUUGGUGGGUGGGAUGUAAUAUAUCGUAAUGCUAGAAAAGCUGAAAAUCUUCAGUUUGAAACUAAUGAGAGGGAUGAAGGAGAGCUGGAAAGGACUGGGCAAGCAGUAUGCAUUUAUGAGGUUUAUGAUGAAACUGGAGCUUGGCCAUUUCUGCAUCAUGGUUCUUUGUACAGUGGGUUGAGCCUAGUGAGUUCCUGUGGCUUAUUCUAUAUUUUUCAGUUUCAUAUGGUUUCCUCUCGUUUUUUGUUAUAUCUUGGUGCAGAAAUGGAGUUUUUAAGAAUACAAUGCUAUAUGUUAUACAUAUUUGCUAAUGCAGAUCAAGUACAUUCUCUUAAAUUUUAAAUUACUUCAUUAACAACAUCUCUCGUUUCUUUGGUUCUAACCAUGGAAUGUUCCCUUAUAGUCAACUGAGCACGGAGAUUGAGGUCAGAUGAUGUUGAUGCAGUUGGCCGGCUUAUCCUCUUGAAUGAGACCUAUUACUGGAAUAUCCUCUGUGAGAUGGGUGGCAUGUUCUCAAUUGCCAACCAUUUAGAUAAUAUUCAUAAGCGACCCUGGAUUGGGUUCCAGUCAUCGAGAGCUACUGGGUGAAAAGUUUCCUUAUCCAAAAAUGCUCAGCUGGCCCUAGAAGAAACAAUACAGGCAAAGGCUAAAGGUGAUGUAAUAUACUAUUGGGCACAUUUGGAUGUGGAUGGUGGGUUUACAGGAAGCAAUUAUGCCCC